UGAGCGGAGCCCCGGGCCGCCUCCCCGCAGCGCGCUGUUCGCCCGCCGCGCUGCCCUCUCCCAUGGCGGAGACUAAAAUCAUUUAUCACAUCGACGAAGAGGAAACCCCUUAUCUGGUGAAGCUGCCCGUCCCUCCGGAAAAAGUCACUUUAGCCGAUUUUAAAAAUGUCCUCAGCAACCGGCCCGUGCACAGCUACAAAUUCUUCUUUAAAUCCAUGGAUCAGGAUUUCGGGGUGGUGAAGGAGGAGAUCUCGGAUGACAAUGCAAAGCUGCCCUGCUUCAAUGGAAGAGUGGUGUCCUGGCUGGUCCUGGCUGAAGGCUCCCAUUCUGACACAGGCUCACAGUGCACCGAGAGCCACGCAGACCUUCCACCUCCCAUCGAGAGGACGGGUGGCAUUGGAGACUCCCGGCCUCCGUCGUUCCACCCAAAUGCUGCCAGCAGUCGGGAUGGACUGGACAAUGAAACAGGAACAGAGUCAGUUAUCAGCCACCGUCGAGAGAGACAUCGGCGGAGGAAUAGAGAAGGGCACGAGGAUGUCCCUCGAAUCAAUGGCCAUCCCAAACUGGACAGACAUCGUGAGCACCCUCCUGGUUACGACAGCUCUUCUACCAUGAUGAGCAGCGAGCUGGAAUCCAGCAGCUUCAUCGACUCGGACGACGAUGACAACACCAGCAGGUUGAGCAGUUCCACUGAGCAAAGCACUUCCUCACGGCUCAUACGGAAGCAUAAGCGCAGGAGGAGGAAACAAAGGAUGCGGCAGAUUGACAGGUCAUCCUCGUUCAGCAGCAUCACAGAUUCCACCAUGUCCCUAAAUAUCAUCACUGUCACACUCAACAUGGAAAAGUAUAACUUCCUGGGAAUCAGCAUUGUAGGACAAAGCAAUGACCGGGGUGAUGGUGGCAUAUACAUUGGCUCUAUCAUGAAAGGAGGGGCUGUGGCAGCAGAUGGACGAAUUGAACCAGGAGACAUGCUUCUGCAGGUGAAUGAUGUCAAUUUUGAGAACAUGAGCAAUGAUGAUGCAGUACGGGUGUUAAGGGAAAUAGUCUCCAAGCCAGGACCUAUUAGCCUAACGGUAGCCAAGUGCUGGGACCCCACUCCCAGGAGUUAUUUCACCAUCCCCAGGGCUGAACCAGUGAGGCCAAUUGACCCUGCAGCGUGGAUCUCUCAUACCACAGCCAUGACGGGAGCGUACCCCCGUUACGGUAUGAGCCCCUCCAUGAGCAUCACCACAUCUACCAGCUCCUCACUAACAAGCUCAAUUCCCGAUUCGGAAAAAUUAGAAGAAUCUCCCUUAACUGUGAAGAGCGACAUGGCUACUAUUGUCAAGGUCAUGCAGCUGCCAGACUCAGGCCUUGAAAUCCGGGACAGGAUGUGGUUAAAAAUUACCAUCUCCAAUGCAGUAAUAGGAGCAGAUGUUGUUGACUGGCUUUACACACACGUGGAAGGCUUCAAAGACCGACGGGAGGCUAGGAAGUAUGCCAGCAGCAUGUUAAAACACGGCUACCUCAGGCACACUGUGAACAAAAUCACCUUCUCAGAGCAGUGCUAUUAUGUCUUUGGAGACCUCUGUGGCAAUAUGGCUGCACUGAACCUCAACAAUGGUUCUAGCGGAGCCUCUGAUCAAGAUACCCUUGCUCCACUUCCACAUCCUGCUGCUCCCUGGCCUUUAGGCCAAGGAUACCCCUAUCAGUAUCCUCUGCCCCCUCCGUGUUUUCCACCAGCAUACCAAGACCCAGGCUUUAGCUAUGGCAGUGGCAGUGCAGGGAGCCAGCAAAGCGAAGGAAGCAAAAGCAGCGGCUCGAACCGAAGCAACAGCGAGAACAGCAGGAGGGCUCUUGGCAGAGAGAAGGACCGCAAGUCGGCGGGCAGUGGCAGUGAAUCUGAGCACACUGCCUGCAGUGGUGGCACCGGCACGGCGCGCCGCGAGAGGCCCGUCAGCCAGCUCAGCCACCGCAGCCACGUCUCUGCCACCCACAGCGAGAGGAGCCACCACAGCCAUCAUUCUUACGGGCCUCCGGGUGUCCCACCCCUCUACAACCUCCCCAAACUGGGCUCGAAAGUCUACGGGACGAGCGGACCCCCUGGAGGGCCUCCGGUGAGAGAACUGAGCUCCGUUCCUCCGGAGCUGACGGGGAGCCGGCAGUCCUUCCAGAAGGCCAUGGGCAACCCUUGUGAAUUCUUUGUCGACAUCAUGUGAGAGGAAGUGCCUUCAGACUCUGCUUUGGGGAGGGCCGGGGAGGAUCGUUUUGGGGCCGGGUGGGAAAUGUGGUCGUUGUCGGAUGCUGAAGGGAAGAAGUUUGUCUGUUUUGCAUGUCACGCCUUCCCGGUUUGCAAUGGCGUGUUGCAGAAAAACCAACAACACGAAGCAACAACAACAAAAACACAAAACCCCCCCACAAAACAAACACAAAAAACCCCCAGCAACGCCUAGGAUUGUUAAAUAUCAGCAAGUCGAUGGCGUCUUCUCUUUAUCCUCCCGUUUUUUCUUUCUUCCCCUCUUGUUUUUGAUUGUGGUUGGCUGGUGUAUAUUCACAUCUUAAUGAGCUUUGGUAAUUGUGGCACCUACUUUCAGUGCAAUUAGUGUAUCUUUUGGGCUGAUCCGAGGACUUAUUAUUUCACGUGACUUCUGAAUUUCCAGUAAUGCAUAACGGCACUUUUAUUUUCCUGUGCUUUUUCUCCUGCAAGGAAAAACAAAGGAUUGUUGGCUGGUAUCUGUGAUACUGCCUCGUAAUGCUGGUGCUUGGAUGCAUCAGUCAGCACUAAGCAGAUGCAGCACCUGUGAGUACAGACCAUACGUGCUUGGAAAGGAGCAGGCACAGACCAGUUCCCAGCAGAAAGCCAAGUUGUGACUGCCUUCUACUGCCUAGAGAGUGUAAAUCCAUCUUCCUUUUUCUUCAGAUGUCCAUUAUUCUGUGAAGGAAAUGGUGGAACCUUGCUGCUGUAUGUGCUCCUUGUGCAGAACUUGUGAUGUUAGUUCAUUCAGUUUCAUGAUAGGGACUUUGUAGCUGCAGUCUUUUCCUGGGCAUUUCGGUCACAUCGCUGCUGACAGAUGUCUGUUUUUUUUUUCUGGCUAUGAUUUGCACUUGCUUACUAGUUUUAAAAGUUGUCUCCACAGAAAUAGAAUGAUUGCUGCAGCGUGAUUCUGUUGGUGUAGCUGCAGCUUCUCCCUCUGGAAGGGACAUAUUCCCCAUUCAAGCAGAGACAGAGAAAUCCUGGCUCCCACUGGCACGUGGCUUUUCAUUUUGACCACCUCUCCUUCUGUUCUUUGUUUCUGAGCAGUAUCUUUCCCUUUUUUUCUCCCCUGAAAUAGAAACCUGGAGAUACCUAACCCCAAUUGCUGAGUUACCCACAGGAGCAUGUCCUGAACACCAGUGGGAACUAGCUGUUAGCAGAGAGGUGAGAGCAGUCCAUGAGUGGUACAGUGAGUGAGUCCUUGUGCCGGACACUGAGCACAGCCUGUGCUAAAACUCUGCUGGGAGCUUUCAUUUCAGCAGCUGUUUCCAGCAGGUUUUAGGACAGGAGCUUUAAAAUCAGUCUUUGCUGUAUAUAAGCCUGUUUUUGUUUAUUUUUUUAACUGAUGAGAAGCUUCUUUUUGGUAUCUUCCAUGCUUUAUGGGUGGUGUGACUAUCCAGUAUGAGCAUCAAAAGCAAACACAUCUUUCUCACUAAAACAUGCAGUUUGUGUUCCUUUGUCACCCUGGAAAACUGCUCCUCAAGCUUUCCAUUUUGUACAUGUUCGUUCUGAUGGACUUUUAUUACUUCUUAUGGCAGAUUUGUGUGCAAACAUCCAUCCUUUAUACAAAAGCCAAGUCCAGAUUUCAGACGUCUGUGUGAAGCAGAUGAUGAAGUCUCACUUCAAAGGAAGCGAGGUUUUUAGGAAGCAAUCACUCAGGCUAGGAACCCAGAUUACAUUGCAACCAGCUGAGUGGUUUUGGACUGCUGCUUUCAGAAAAUCUCCCUAAAGGUGGAAACAGCAUCUUCACAGUUGUGCUUUCUUCAUAAUCCAUCUGAUGGGCUGCUCUUGGUGGCAGACUUGCUGGUGGCUCAUUCAGAAGAAUGGCACUUGCUAACACUUUUCUUCCCUUUUCUCCUCCCACAAACGCAGCAAAGGCACUAAUUAAACCAAGUAAACCAUUGUGAGAAAUUGACGUUGAAAGCAAUGAGAUAAAUCAGGGUUUAAAAAAAAACACAAAAGAAUACUUGUCCUGUGUCUCCAGGAGAACACUGUUAAGGAGUCUGCGACUUUCC